UCAGGUACAUGAUACAUGAUAGUAAAAGAACCUGAAGCUUACCCGUCUCUUCAGUCCUUGAGUUUACAGCAAGGAUAGAAUCUGAAUUUGUACUAUUGCUAAAGCAGACGAGAGAACCCAUUCUGAACAACAGCCUAUCGACAAAUGAUCUUAGAAAAGAAUCCACUGUUCAAUUAAGCCAGGUGAUGAUAAAGCAGCUGGAUGAAGACUAUAUCCAUGCACUAGACGAUCCAAACAACGUCAAAUUAUCAAAACGACUCACUCCUAGUCAAGCACAACUCGUUCUUGUUCGAUUAUUAGAUGUGAUUCAAAGACAGAUAAAAUCUGGGGAAUUAGAAACCCCGGAUGAUUGGCAAGCUCAGUUUUCGAAAAUUAUUUUGGCACGAAUCUAUUUCGAAACGGGAAGAUACGACAAAGCUUUGGAGUGGCUACAGCAGUUGGCAUUGCGGCUAGAAGAUGUCGAAUCAGGAUAUGGAUUGGUUCAAUUGGUGCAGGCAAGAGUCAUCAAGGGAAGGUGUUUUGAGCAUCUCGAAAAGGAUGUGGAUGCUCUAGAGUCAUACAUGCUGGCGUUGAGCGUUGUAGAGGAGCAUCCGGAUGAAAAGAACAAGGCAUUGGCAAGCUGGGUUGAGGAUUGUCUUUAUAGAUCAAUAUUAUUACAACUGAGAAGAAAGGGGCCGGUGAAGCAGACACUAAAAUUGAUGCGUGCCUAUACAAAUUACUGCCAUACUCAAUGGUGGCCAGUCCAUUUCCGCAUACAUAAACGCUGGAUUAUCUUCCGUCACUACAUUCGUUACCUAACGCGUGCUUAUCAAAAGGGUCUUUAUAUUCCUGCAGGUGAGGACGACUCUCUCACCUCCCCAGUAACAUCACCUGUAAAGUCUACAUUCUCCGAAAAUAGCUCAACAAGUGCAUCAGCAUUAGAUGAAACGAUUCUGCUCGUAAACGAGUUUCGCGCCUUACUGAACGAGUUUGUGAAGCGCUCCUUGUCCACAGAACCAAUUGAUAUUAACCACAAAACUCUUGAAAUCUGCCACUUGAUCGUUUCAGCACACGACACUGUCGGAUGGGGACCAGAGGAGCAUAUCGAACGCAUGCUUCGAUUCUUUUAUAAAGCACGUGCACUAACAUUCAAUAGUCCAAGCAUUAGCAGGCACAUAUUUUACCUUCAUCUAUACCUCAAUCAGCACGAUAAAGCCACGCUUGCCCUGAAAAGUUACCUAGAGCUUCUUGGCCUACCUGAUAUUUUGAAAAAGGGAGACAACUUGUAUCAUGAUGAGGAGAAUGAGGAUCAUUCUUUAGCUGAAGGCAUGAUUUCAACCAUACAACAACAACUACAGAAAGUCCAAACCGAUUCCAACGACUCAGCCUCACAGUGCUUGCAAGCAGUGGAACAAAAGAUAAAUAGUGUAUUGGCUACGUAUGACGAAAAGAGUUCGGAUGAGGAUGAGUUUUUGCCUCCAGCGCAGUCAUCACUUCUAGAUACAGUGAUGACCAAGAGAAAGGUUCCACCUGGAGCAUGUGAAAACGAUAAUGAAUUUGACGUCGUACGUGUGCUUUUGGCUGGCGCGCAACAGAUUUACAGCUGCUUGCCCCAAAACAAUGAGGGCAUCGUUCUGUGUGACCUGGCCAUGGCGUUACUGGAAGAAGCUGAGACGUUAAAGAAGAAAAAGAUGAACCAAUGGAAAUUGUUGAUGAUUCAAUGUAGACGUGCGCGAGGCUGCUCUUAUGGACUAUAUGCGUCUAAACACAGCGAACCGGAAAGAAGGCUGGAAUGCUUCAAUGAGGCGCUUGUUUCGCUUAAACGAGCAUCCGAGCUUGAUUCUCGCUCAUGGCAGACCUUCUAUGAACUCGGUUUACAGCAAGCCAUAGCAGGCAACAUGUCACAGGCCAUAUCCGCUGUUAAACGCUCGAUUAAACUGAGAGGUGAUUUUAUCCCUAGUUGGCAUCUCUUGGCGCUCAUCCAGUCAUCAAGAGAAUUCCAAGAUUUACCCAAGGCACUCGCUAUCGCGCACACCGCUGUUACAUAUAACGCAGACAUUGUGAAUGAAGAUGAUGAAGAUACCAGCAGUGAAUUUUUUGAAAGAGCAAUAGCUUUUAUGAAACUGAAAAUGAGUCAGAUGUACAUACUAGAGGCAAUUGAAGGACAUAUACCCGAGGGAUACAUGGAUCUUUUAAACUUGUUUUAUAAAAUAUCUAAAAAGCUUAAUUUGAUUGUAACGCCUGUAUCGUCUAACUCUAAGCGGCCUUCCGUGUAUGGACACAGCAAUUCGAGUAGCAUGGUAAUGAAUAGUAGACAAAGGGCAGGCUCUUACAGAAUCUCCAAUCACAGCAGCAUCUAUAGUAAUAACAGUAGCAGCAUGAGUCUUUAUGCUAUGGAAAGCGUAGAUUCGCUGCAUAUGUUGCAAAAUGAUAACGAGGAAGAAAAGGAAGACAGCAAGCUGGCACUGCUGAAAGUGGAAGAAGUUCAAGAGGAAGAGCAAGAGGGAGAGGCAGAAAUGCAACAGCAAGCAAGUGAAGAAAGCGUAUCCAGAUCAACAUCCGGCACUCCAAUGAGUGACAAAAAGCGUAGUAGACGAUCGUUUAGUUUAUCUCGACCUCAGCUUGAAGAUCCACUACUGAGCUUGCCAAGUAUAAGAAAAAAGAAAGAAAAGUCAAACACGACACAAAAGCCAAGAAAAUCCAUCAUUUCAGGCUUAAGGGCAUAUAGAAACAGCAUUAGUGGGUCUAAAGAAGUGGCAUCAUCAGAAAACAGCUAUGCUUCUGUCCAUAAAAAUGAAUCCAAUGCAAAGCAAGCGGAAAUUAACAUUGUUACCAAUCAAUCAACUUCAGUAAUACAACAGCCAGUUGAGGAAGAACAAAGCGAGAAAAAGAUAAUCAACAUACACCCAAUUGAUUAUCAGAAUCGGUGGAAACAAAUCCUAGUGAAUAUUUGGAUUAUGACCAGUCAAAGUUACUUGAAAGACAAGCAAUAUGAAGACGCAGUCAAGGCGAUUGAAGAGGCCGAUCAGUUAACAAACGGCGAAAGUGCCCAGGUUUGGCACCAAAUAGGGCUUAUUAUAUUAGCUGCAGAAAAGGGCAAUUACCAUAAAGCUAUAGAUGCAUUCAAAAUGGCUCUAACUAUUGACAGCGAUCAUGUACUAUCAAUUAUUUCGUUGGCGUCUGUGUACCUGGAUAUAAACCAAUAUGAGUUAGCUGAACAGUUGCUGGAAAAAACAACAAAGGGGCUUGGAUGGAAUCAACCAGAGGCUUGGUACCUGCUAAGCAAGGUGUACAUGAAACAGGAGAGUAUGCUGGAUGCCAAACACUGCUUACUGUAUGCUCUGCAGUUGAGUGAAACAGUUACUAUUCAACCUCUUGAUGGUUUUCCAAGAUUUGUCUAAGUAUGCAAACGAAACGCUUACUUAUUGCUAUUACUACUUUAUUUAUAAUUUAUAAGCUUGGUC